AUGGAUGCACCACUUUCGUCUACGGUGUUACAGAGCAGCGAGAUAGACACUCUCAUGCGAGACAACGAUGACACUUUCGCGAUUAACGGCGUCGUACAGAACGGGUUUGUAGACCCAAGAGAGCUACAGCCAUAUCCAAGCCAUCUAGAAAAACCAGAUUCUGUGACGGAAUCACUAGAUCACUCUCAGUCAUCAGAAUCUGUCACGAAAUUUUCGGGCAGGAAGCUCUUCCUGCCUACGGGAUGUUGUUACGAUGAUAGGAUGAAAUUUCACGCGAACGCAGAUUACACAGAGAACUCACAUCACCCUGAAGAUCCCCGCCGAAUAGGCGCCAUUAUGGACGCUUUCAGAGAAGCUGGCCUAAUCUACAGUGGUUCUGAGCUUGAGUUGGCUGAAAUAUUGAAGAACUCGCCGACGAAGUAUCUAUGGCGUAUUCCGGCACGAGAAGCUCGGAGAGAUGAGAUUUGCCUAGCACAUACACCGUCUCAUUACGAGUGGGUACGAGAGCUGGACAACAAGAGUUCUGCUGAGCUACGAGCCAUGACGUUGGCCUUUGAUGAGGGAAGGAAGUCUUUAUAUGUUGGUAACUUGACAUACUUGGCGGCGCUUGUUUCCGCUGGAGGUGCUAUCGAAUCUUGCAAGCGGGUUGUCGAAGGGCAGCUGAAAAAUGCGAUUGCUGUGAUACGGCCGCCUGGCCAUCACGCAGAACAUAAUGAGUCGAUGGGGUUCUGUAUAUUUAACAAUGUCCCAAUCGCUGCAAAAGUCUGUAUGCAGGACUACCCCGAGAUUUGUCGCAAAGUGCUUAUUCUCGACUGGGACGUCCAUCAUGGCAACGGCGUACAGAACAUCUUCUACGAUGAUCCAAAUGUUCUCUAUAUCUCGAUCCAUGUCUACUCAGAUGGUAGUUUCUAUCCUGGUAAAGGUGACGAUCCUGACGCUCCAGACGGUGGCAUUCCAAUGGUUGGAUCCGGUCCUGGGGUGGGCAAAAAUGUCAACAUCGGGUGGCACGCACAGGGAAUGGGUGAUGGAGAAUAUAUGGCCGCUUUUCAGAGGAUUGUAAUGCCUAUAGCCCAGGAAUUCGAUCCCGAUCUCGUCAUUGUAUCCGCUGGAUUUGACGCUGCGGCAGGUGAUGAACUUGGGGGUUGUUUUGUGUCGCCGGCCUGUUAUUCGCACAUGACGCACAUGUUAAUGUCCCUGGCCAACGGCAAAGUGGCCGUCUGUCUCGAGGGUGGUUACGACUUGACGGCGAUUUCGAAGUCGGCGCUCGCUGUUACUCAAACUCUUAUGGGUGAACCUCCUGAGCGUAUGGAGAUUCCACCCAUCAAUCAUAAAGCGUCUAAGGAUUUGGAGCAGGUCAGGGCGGUACAGAGCCGUUACUGGAAAUGUAUGCGUCCUGGCAUCAACUUGGUCGCGGAGCUGUUAGAUCGAGACGCUAUCAGGUUGAGCACCGUUGCUAGGGGAUAUGAAAAGGGUAUCUUGAGCAAGAAGCACAACAUGAUCACCAUGCCAAUCCUUCGUAAUAAGCUGAACAAGAUAUUCGAGGAUCAGGUGUUGGUCACGCCUCAGAUUCACACUGCAAAGAGAAUACUCAUUCUACUUCAUGAUCCUCCUGCGAUAUUCGCUCAACCCGACGUUAUUAAUAAUUCUAUCGCGCCUCACAACGGAUUUAUGGCUGCGGAUAAUUUCCCAUACAUCGACUGGGCGAUCGAGAACAAGUUCGGAGUAAUCGAUGUGAACUUCCCAAAAGAGAUACCAAAAGGGGACAUUAAUCCAUUUCUACCUAACUCUUCAGAACAAGAUGUCCAAACACAGUUUCAGGAAUUGCUCAGCUACUUGUGGGAUAAUCAUCUUCAAAUUAAUUCGGGUGCACCUAUCGUGCUACUAGGAGUCGGCGACGCAUAUCUUGGAAUUAAGCAGCUACUUACAGCCCGUGAGGUCAAAGAUCGGAUCCCCUGCGUCCUAGCAUUCGUAACCGGCUCUCUACGUCCUGUGAAAUCUGAGACAGACCCCGGCCUGUCGAAAUGGUACAAGGAAAACUCCCUUAUAUACGUAUCUUCAGAUCACUCAUGCUGGAACGAUGAGGAGAAUGCCAAACGUGUUCGCAAAAGCCGGUUUGGACAUGUUAAGAAGAGUGAAGUUACUGGAUUAGGUCGAAUGAUGAAGAAGUACCAAUCAGAAGCUAGCGAAUGGCUUUUGAGCCAGGUGGAAACAUGGGAAGCACAGCGAGUCGACGAUGAGACAGAAGAUGAAGCAAUGGCGGAAACGAGUUCGAGGACGGUGAAUGUGCCUGGUCUUGGAUUGAGUGGCAUGAAUGGGGGUGGAGGAGUUGUUGCUAGCGCGUGA